UCCCGACCCGUUUGAAAACCAAUAAGAAUCGAACCACCGUUUCCGGUUCGGUGUUCAUUAUCCGAGUCGGUGGGAACCGAAAAGUUUAACAAUUUUUUAAUGGGUUGCGCUCAGUCCAGAAUAGACAACGAAGAAUCGGUGGCUCGUUGCAAGGACCGCAAAUGCUUAAUGAAAGAAGCGGUUGUAGCUCGCAACGCCUUUGCAGCUGCUCAUUCUGGUUACGCCAUUUCCUUGAAGAACACUGGAGCUGCCUUGAGUGACUAUGGCCAUGGAGAAGCUGAAGUGCCUCUACUAAACCCUCAACAGAUCCCUGCUCCUCUUGACUCUACUCCUCCACCGCCUCCGAUGAUGGACAAUCUCCCUCCACCGCCACCGCUUCCUAACUUCUCCCCUAGCCCCGUCCCCAUCAAACGCACCGUUAGUAUGCUCGCAAUGCCCGUUAAGAGUCGCAAGGAGUUUGAUGCUUCCCUCGCUAUUGAAGAAGAAGAGGAGGAGGAAGAAAAUGAUGAUGAUGAUGAAGAAGAACAUCACGAGGGAAAUGAUAAUAAUAAUACUAAGGAAGAUUUGAGAAAAGAUUCAAGAGGAUCCCGUCGGGAAGAGAUAACUCCCACAAGGACUCCUGAGAACAACAAUAUCGACCACCGCCCGCCGCUUGGAUUUGGACGAUGGAAAUAUUGAAGCUGCUGGUACAAAU